GCCGGAGACCGAUUCCCCGAACCCAAGCAGGGCAAGCGGGGCCGCCCUCGUCUUGCCCUCGCCGGCGCGUCACCCAGGGCGCUUCUGCCACAGCGCGAGGCGAUCACAUUUCUCUGUUAUCGGGCCGUGUGUCUUGGUCGUCAUCGCUAACGGGAUGUUUCACGAUAAUGUGUGGCGCGGAACCUCAUCCGGUUGGCUUUCGCUGUUCACGCCGUUCGCUGCUUCACGACAAAGGCCGCCUUUGUGAAAUAAACCUCACAAUGUCGAACACGUGUCGCACCUGUGGGGGGUCCUCCUUCACGGUGGAAUCUGCUGUCAAAAUGUGUGACCAGUGUGGCACUGAACAAACAAAUUACGCAGAGUAUAUGAGCCAGGAGAUUUUUGCGGAGGUGGAUCGUUCACGGUUUGCAUCACAGCUUGCUGAUGAAAGAGAUGAUGCCGAUUCCGUGGACUCGAAACCUAAAGAGGCACCUCAGAAUGAUUGGACAUCAUAUGAAGCCUUUAACAUUGUCUUGUUUGAGUGGACACAGGCUUUGCGUGCCAGUGGGGCUUCCAAGAACUUUCAGGAGACGGUGUUCAGGCUGUGGGUCACAUACCUGCAGCGGAUGGAAGUGGCUUUCAUGCCAUUGGAGGGAAACAAGACCUGGAAACCUAAGGCAUCUAUUAUUGAGACCCCAAGAGAUGUACAGCUGAUACACAGUGGGCGAGAGCAAGUGGUUUCAACCCCGUUGGGCCGCCAACGAAAGACCCCCCAAAAAGAGGAGUUGUUGAAUAGGUUAAAGAAUAAGGUGGAACACAGGAAAUUAAAGAAAGUGAACGAGAACACCUUGAGUAAAUAUCUAACAUCCGAAAUGAGUAAGUCGAUCAUAGAAAUGGAAGAGGAAUCGUCGGACUCUGAGACGGGGAUGAAUAACACUAAUGGCAGCAAAAGAGGUGUAAAGAGGAAAAACAGAUCGGCUCGCAAUAGCAUCACAGGAGAUGAUACUUUGGAGGGCAAGAGAAGUGUAAACAAGUCCAGUGCUCAGAGCUCGGCAAAUUGCAGUGUUGCGAGAGAUAUUUCAGAGGCUGAAGCUAGCAUUGACAGUUUGAAAACCCCAGUCCUGUGCCACAAUUCCUUCAUCAGCAAACAUAUCAAGAAAUACCGGAAAGAGAAGGAUUUAGGAGAUGAAUAUGACGCUGAGAAUUCACGCGCUGAUACUCCUGAGAGCUUCCAGGUGACAAAGUUCUACAUCCAGGGAAGAAUGCCGUUCCAUCUGAAUUACAAGAAGCUCCUAUGUCUGCUGUAUCUGGCCGUCCUUCUCUCAGGGGAGGAGAUUUUGUUGAUGGACAUUAUCAGAUGGUGCCGAGAAGGCCACAUCCCCUAUGUAUCAGCUCAGAACUUGCUAAAGCAGGACAUGAAGAUGAUCCGGGAAGACAUUAAAGUGUUCACUAAGAUAGUUGUCCCCAUGGCUGACGCAAUUCAAGAAGUAGCAGGGAAGAUGGCGGCCUUCCUUUCAAUCCAGUACAUACCACUCCCUAAGGAGGAUCUGAUCAUUGAGAGGAUUGUAGACAUCCUUCGAUUGCCAGGUGAGGAUUUCUGGUUAUCACAUGAUGUGGUAUUGGAUUUCAUGCAAAGUGGGUGUUUCUUGUUUCAUAUCUAUUAACAGGUUUCUUUGUUU